AUGUCUGAAACACCAAACAAAUACAUCAGAGCAGCUGAAGACCACAAAGAUGAGCAAAAGAGGAGGAAGAUGAGGAGGAAGAGCAGCUGGCUUGGAGUUCAGAGGGAAAGGAGCCUCUCAUUGUAUGUUCCUGUUUAUAUCUCUGCCUGGUGCCGCCACUUACACUCUCCCCUCUCUCCCUCUCCCUCUACAGUCUUGUUGACGUUUGUGAACUGCUACAGUGUGAAGGCGGCCACCAGGGUGCAGGACUUCUUCGCCGCGGCCAAGCUCCUGGCGCUCGGACUCAUCAUCAUCAUCGGCUUCAUCAAGAUUGGCCAAGGUGGCACAGAUGGUCUUCUUCCAGAAAAUUCCUUCAAAGGGUCAAAAUAUGAGUUUGGCAGCCUCGGCUUGGCCCUCUACAGCGGCCUUUUUGCCUACGGUGGCUGGAACUACUUGAAUUUUGUCACUGAGGAGAUGAUUGAGCCUUACAAGAACCUUCCUCGUGCCAUCAUCAUCUCUCUGCCCAUUGUGACAGCGGUGUACGUUCUGACCAACCUGGCAUAUUUCACCACCCUCACCCCUGAGCAGAUGCUCGGCUCACAGGCCGUGGCUGUGGAUUUUGGUAACCAACACCUAGGUCCGAUGGCAUGGAUCAUCCCGGUGUUUGUAGGUCUGUCCUGCUUUGGAUCAGUCAACGGCUCUCUGUUCACAUCAUCCAGGUUAUUCUUCGUGGGUUCCCGGGAGGGUCACCUGCCCAGUUUGCUGUCAAUGAUCCACCCCACCCUGCUGACCCCGCUGCCCUCAUUGAUAUUCACUUGCUUGAUGACGCUGCUCUACGCCUUCUCCAACGACAUCUUCUCCGUCAUAAACUUCUUCAGCUUCUUCAACUGGCUCUGCAUCGCCAUGGCAAUCGUCGGAAUGAUGUGGCUCCGUUAUAAGAAGCCAGAGCUGGAGCGACCAAUCAAGGUGAAUAUUCUGCUGCCAGUGAGCUUCGUGCUGGCCUGCAUCUUCCUUAUCAUCGUCUCCUUCUGGAAGACUCCAGUGGAGUGUGCGAUCGGCUUUGGCAUCAUCGCCACCGGAAUUCCCAACCCUGUUGUAUUUAACAAGCUGUGCCUUAUGUGGCGAAUGAAGGCAUACCUGUCAGGUAUGGCAGUUGCGGUUGACGGAGGCUGCAGUCAGCCCUGGCACUGA